UUUACAAGAUUGCUUAUAGAAACAAUUAUGAAUUCUGUUAGUGAAGGUGAUGUAGUCUUAGAUGAAAUAGUCUCAGAUAAAAUAGUCUUAGAUGAAAAUACUGAAAUAGUCUCUGAAGUGGUUUCUGCUACUAAGAAAU